GCCGAGGGGGCCGGCGGCGGGGCCUCUGGCGAGCUGGGGCCGACUGCCGGCGGCGGGACCUCCCCGAGCAGGCAUACCCGAUGGAGCUGGCGGCCGGCGCCGUCGCCAAGGCGAAGGCCGCCAGGAAGAGGCCCAACCAGGGCGACGCCAGCUCCUCCGAGGGCUCGCCGAACGACGAUGUGGCGCCAGCGAAGAAGUGGGAGGAGAAGCCGGGCGGCCACGCGCUGGACCCGGCCAAGGCAGAGGAACGCGCCAAGGCCAUGGAUGAGAACUACGAUAAGCACAAAGACAUGACGAAGGAGGAGCUCGAGGAAUGCCUGCCGAAGAGACCCGACAAUGGGGUAACCUCCAUAGGCUCGGUCUUGCACGAGUUGAACAUCUGUUCCCCCUGCUGCUUUAACAAGACAGCGAAAGGCUGCAAAGAGGGCAUCACGUGCAAGUACUGCCACAUGCCCCACAAGAGGACCAGGACCAGAGGCCCGAAAAAAACCAAGCAGACGGUCGCUGCCAAGAACCUGCAGGCCCUCCAGCAGGAGGAGGGCAUGAGGUCCGACGAGGACAACAUCGAGGAGGGCUCACGGCUCGCCCGACGAGCUCUCAAGGAGCAGCAGCAGCAGCAGCAGCAGCAGCAGGCCCCCCCGCAGCAGGCGGAGGCGCUGGUGGAUCGUAGGGGCAACACGUGGCCUUCGUGGCUGCAAGAUGACCUCCGGCACGAGCUGCGGCGCGAACGGCGAGACGAUUGGAGGCAGCACGCCCCACCUCCCUCGGGGCCGGGGCACCCGCCGCCGCCCUUGCCGCUGGCGGACCGCUCGCAGCCGAGCGGCUCCGCCCACUGGGCUGGGGGCGCCCACCCGCCUGCGCCGCCAGUGGACCACCGGCAGGCAGGCGGCUACGCGCAUGCCCACCCGCCCCCCGGCGCGCCUGCGCCAGGCUACAGCGGGCCAGGUGCCGCGCCGCAGCAGGGCGCCUACUCGGUGCCCCCGCCGCCGCGCCGCUGGACACGGGUGGCCCCGGGCACGUGUCUCCAUACGCCGCGGCGCCGCGCCCAGCGCUGGAGGACAGGAGGCCACCCCCUGCUGCCCCGUACAGCGCCAGCCCCGGCGCCGCCGACCCCAGGAGGGCUCCGCCGCCACACCCGGCGGAGGCCCGCGGCAGCCAUCCGCCUCCGGUCGCAUACGCCGCUUCCGCCGCGAGCGGGGUCGACCCGUACGGGGCCCCUCCGGGGGACCCGUAUAGGGCGCCUCCGGUGGACCCGUACAGGGUGCCUCAGGCAGACCCGUACGGGCACCCGUCGAGAGGAGCCCCCUCCGGCCCCGGCGGCCUCGACGGCGCCGCUCCGCCGGCGGCUGGCGGCGCGGCCGGCUACCAGCACAGCAGCGCCUACGCUGCCCCGCCGGGCCCCGGCACCGCUCCAGGCGGCGACGCCCAUGCCCAUCUCGCGGGUACAGCGCGUCUCCCGCGCCGAGCCCGCUGGGAAGGGGAGCCGACGGUGGCUGCCGAGGCUGGCCGCCGCAGCCGCACCCGCACCCGCACCAGCAGCAGCAGCAGCAGCAGCAGCAGCAGCAGCAGCAGCAGCAGCAGCAGUGGCACCCACCACAGCAGCAGCCGCCGCCGUCGCACCUGCAGCACUACAGGUGACAAAUCAUGGAGGCGCUUUUGGUCGGCC